UUCUCGACCUCGACGAUGUCCCUUGGGCGGCUGGUCUGCGCCUUAUUGACCCUCUUUUGUUCCUUCACUCUUUCGCUAGCAUCAGCCUUCAUCAAUGGACAAACAUUCACGAAUGGCCUUGCCAUUGUGGAUGCGCCCAGCCCCAACAGUCCUGCACAUGCAGGAGCAACAUUGCCUAUCGCAGUCGAUGUUAGUGGAAAUGGAAAGCUACCUGCUGCUGCCCGUCUCCCAGGCUCUGGGCUUCCAACUGGAUUCCAGUCCCUUACCAUAUUCCUUGUGUCGGCACAAACCAACGCCAACAUCACUGUCGUCGACAACUCUACAUUCCUCACAGGAGAGAGCGGCUCGACUGUGAAGCAUCUAAAUUUUGUCGUGCCCAGCUGCUUAAAACAAGGAAACUAUAACCUUACCUUUCACGAAGCUUCUGUUUUCAAUUCCGGAUUCGUCUAUGCCAUAACGCCAAUUCUCGUUCAAGUUGAGAACCCAAAUCCAUCAGGCUCUUGUGUGGAUUCGAAUCCCCUCCUCCCGCAACCUCAACCUUCCAUCCCACUUCUAGAGUCGCCAUUCAUUUCCCCUGAUCUUUUCACACUGACAUUGACCAUGUCGAAUGGGAUUUUGAAUCUGCCCACAGUUACUGUGACCUCUCAAGCCACUCCUACAACAGUCGUGGUGAUUUCGGAGACCACAGUCACCCGGACCGACCAAGGCACCCCAACGACCUACACUGCAACCUCAACUCUGACCACCGUAGUCUCGGUGAACAAGGACAAUAGAUCAGGAUUUGUGCCCAUUAAUGCAGCAAAUCAGUUUUCUCCCUCUAUCUUUGGUUUGUGUAGUUUUUUGCUUCUGUAUUGGCGUAUUUUAUUGUAG